UCUCAAUCUAUCUUUGUUUGGUCGGAAGAAUCCAUGGCUUCUCUCAUGAGGCAAACGCCUGGGACACCUUCUUCACCUCCUAAGGUCGUUCUAUCUCUUCUUCAUCACCAUCCUCUCACCUCUAUAAUCUCUUUCCCGACCGAGAGAAGAACCCCAACCAAUCUUACUCUCAAUCUCUGUCGUUGCUCGUCACCCAUGACCGUGCCGAGCAGCCCAAAGAAGAAGAGAACAAAGUACAGGAAACAGUACCCAGGAGAGAGCGUCGGUAUAACCGAGGAAAUGAGAUUCGUCGCAAUGAGAUUACGCAACGCUAAUGGAAAGAAAGUCGACCCCGCAAACGACAAGGAACAAGAAGGAGAAGAUGGUGAUGAAUUGGAGGGAGAGACUUGGAGUUCGAGCAAGGAAGGCUUUCUUAACUUCUUGGUGGAUAGCAAGCUUGUCUUCGACACUAUCGAACGAAUUGUAGACGAAUCUGAGGAUGUGUCCUAUGCUUACUUUAGGAGAACAGGGUUAGAGAGAUGUGAAAGUCUUGAGAGAGAUCUAGAAUGGUUUAGAACAACACAAGGUUUGGCGAUACCGGAACCAAGUCAGGUAGGAGUAUCGUACGCAAAGUACUUGGAAGAAGAGGCAAAAGAGAAUGCAGCUUUGUUUCUUUCUCAUUUUUACAGUAUCUACUUCUCACACAUCGCUGGUGGUCAAGUUAUAGUAAGACGGGUGUCGGAGAAGCUUCUAGAAGGGAAAGAGCUGGAGUUUGUUAGGUGGGAAGGGGAUGCGCAAGACUUGCUUAAAGGCGUCCGUGAGAAGCUCAACGUGCUCGGGGAGCAUUGGACUCGGGACGAGAAAAACAAAUGCUUGAAGGAAACCGCAAAGGCAUUUAAGUAUAUGGGGCAGAUAGUUCGCUUGAUCGUCUUGUAAGAAAAACAAAACCUUCCCAGUACCAGAGAAGACUCUUGUUCACUAAUCACUAUGGUCAAGGUCGAAGCAAAGAGUUUGUGUGCCUUACUCUGAGGAAUGCUUGAUGAGAUAUUGAAGAGAAGACUCUUGUUCACGAAUCACUAUGGUCAAGGUCUAAGUCCUUUUUUGUAUCUGAAAACAAGCACCAACUAACAAUCUAAUCAUUUUGAUUUUUUUUUAAAUAGUUAUUUUUUCAUUAAAACUUCA